AUGUCCUCCCGCAGCAGCAGCCUCUAUGAGGAGCUUCGGAAGGUCGAGGGCAUCACCGUGGCCAACCAGCAGUUUGCGGAGAGCGUCAGCGAGCCCGGCAAGGCCUUCCUGGACGCCGCCUUCGACGGCAUCCUGGGGCUGGGCUACCCCUCACUGGCCGUGGACGGCGUCACCCCGGUCUUCGACAACAUGAUAGCGCAAAACCUGGUGGAGCAGCCCAUGUUCUCCGUCUACAUGAGCUCGAAACCGGACUCCGCGGAUGGAGGGGAGCUGCUUUUCGGGGGCUUCGACCCGUCCCGCUUCGUGGGCACCCUGCAGUGGGUGCCGGUCACCCAGCAGGGCUACUGGCAGAUCCGGAUCGACGCCAUCCAGGUGGGCGGCACGCCGGCGUUCUGCUCCGGCGGCUGCCAGGCCAUCGUGGACACCGGCACGUCGCUGCUCACCGGGCCCAGCAGGGACAUCAAAGAAAUGCACCGAUACAUCGGGGCCACGUACCUGGAUGGGGAGUACACCGUGGACUGCAGCACCCUGAGGCCCCAGCCGCGUCUCGUGGCCAGCCCGGGCGUUGCGAGAGCUUCGCCCGUGUCUCACAGUCACAGUCACGUCCUCAGAGCCCCGCUUUGCCCCCGGAAUCGCUGA